GUGAUUUUCUCAGUGAGUGCUGCCUCACUUACCUAAAUAGCAUUUUAUUAUGAAUUCACUGCUUUUCUUUGAAUUUUGAUUUUGCCAACAGAUUACCAAACAGGCUAGUGUUGAGUCUGAGCGCACAUGUGAGGUCACAUUAAAUCCGAUGGUGGGCCAAAAAUGUUACUUUUUAUUUUAUUGUUUUAUUUAUUUACUUUAUAUACUAUACUUUGUUUAAGCUUUUUGAUGGAUUAAUCUGUUGCACGUAGGUUGUCGAUUGCUGGCAUGAUCUGGAUAACACCGAGUAUGACUGUUGGCCAUUAGAUAGCCCUAAUGAUUACAACAUGAUCAACUGUGGAGGUAAGUCCAACCCCAUUCAUUGUGUGGAAUUGACUGAAAGGAGGGAAGGCGGGCUGUUGUUGUAGUGCUAAUAAUUUGAUGGUCAGAAAGUGCAGAAAUAUUGCUUUGAUGAUUUCUGGUGUCAGUGGAUUCCUUAUCUUGGAGAAUACACACAAAAAGUCCUUCCUCAACAGUGUGUGUCUCUGUCUGCCUGCCUGCCUGCCUGCCUGCCUGUCUGUCUGUCUGUCUGUCUGUCUGUCUGUCUGUCUGUCUGUCUGUCUGUCUGUCUGUCUGUCUGUCUGUCUGUCUGUCUGUCUGUCUGUCUGUGUGUGUGUGUGUGUGUGUGUGUGUGUGUGUGUGUGUGUGUGUGUGUGUGUGUGUGUGUGUGUGUGUCCAGGGCUGGAGAUGUCGUGGGUGCUGCGGCCACCGGAGAAAGUGACGGACGGGGAGGAGUUCAAUGUCACCUACACCAUCACGGCAUCAGACGACUUCUACGAGUAUGCAGUCAAAAACAAAAUAUUCCAGUUCAGCAACGCCUCCGAAGCCAAAAGGUUCUGUGACAAGCACGACUGUCCCGCAAAUUGGAACAGCGCCAACGAGAUCAACUGUUGCAUUUACCAUGCCAACAUUCACUCCUGCCCUCUGGCUCUCAUGAGGCAUGGCGGUAUUUGUGGCCCGUGGAUCCCUGAUGACGGGAAGAUUGUGACACACACCGUGUCCAAAGCAGGAAAGAUGAGCCAAAAGUUCUGGACAUCAAAGGUGGUUCUGAUUCAUGUAGGAGUGACCUCAGUCAUUGCACAUAUCAAAAUUGGACAUAUGCAUGCAGCUCUGGAGUCCAAGGUGCUGGUUGUCAGUGCUCAAGUGUGUGGGGAUGACGUCUGCGAGCUGGAGGAGAACUGUCUCACAUGCCCGGCGGACUGUGGUGCCUGCCCCAUGUCCAUCACCAUCAAGGUGGCCAUCGGACUGCCCGUCACACUCUUCUUCGGUGGCUUCAUCUUAACCAUGGUGUGGUUCCAGUACCAGAAACAGAAGAUGUUUUGGGACGAAAGCUGGAUUAUCAACUAUAAAAAUAUAAUGUUUGGUAAAGUGUGUUACAUGGGCUUCUGCAGUACGGCCAGUCUCCAGCCGGUGAAGAGUAACUCCAGUGUGAGCCGAACUACAGACGUGACUGUCUGCACUGUGGUCAACACCACCUUCAAACAGAGCUUCAUCCAACCUGCCAUUUAUGAUGGAAGGACUGUAGCAGUGAAACACAUCCAGAAUAAACACUUCACCCUCUCCAAAACUAUCAGGAGGGAGGUGAAAGAAGUGAGGGAACUGGAUCACCCAAAUCUCUCCAAGUUUAUUGGUGGUUCCAUUGAGGUCCCCUACGUCAGUAUCAUCACUGAGUACUGCCCCAAAGGAAGCCUGGCUGAUGUCCUCCUGAAUGAGGAUGUGCCAAUCAACUGGGGGUUCAGGUUGUCCUUUGCUACUGACAUAGCCCGUGGAAUGGCUUAUCUCCACCAACACAAGAUGUUUCAUGGCAGACUUCACUCAAGGAAUUGCGUCAUUGACGACCGCUGGGUUUGCAAAAUCUCAGACUAUGGCCUGACAGCCUACAGAAAGGAUGACUUUGAGGUAGUCAGUAAUGGGUUCCACUGUGAGGAUACCUACCGUAUAUACUAUGCCCCUGAGGUCCUCCUGGGAAGCAGCUCUAAUGUCACUCCGGCUGCUGACAUUUACAGCUACUCUAUCAUCUUAGUUGAGAUUGCCACUCGCUCUGACCUCCUUUCAGACCAAACAGAGGGCGUGAAGUUGGAUAUCAUGUGGCGUCCUUCCCUGCCUGAACUGAAAGCUGGGAAAUCGGAUACUGAUUGUCCUGACCGGGGAGAUUACUGUGAGCUGAUCAAGAAGUGCUGGUCUCAAAAUGUCACAUUAAGGCCGACUUUUGAGCAGGUGAAGAAGAUGCUGGAUAAAAUGAACCCACACAAAGUCAGCCCUGUGGACAUGAUGAUGAAUCUGAUGGAAAAGUACAGUAAGCAUUUAGAGGCCAUUGUAGCAGAGAGAACACAGGAUCUUCUCCAAGAGAAACAAAAGACAGACUGUUUGCUAUACAGUAAGUACAUGAAACCACAAAUGGUCCACGAUAUGGCUUCUUACACUAUAUAUACAAAAGUAUGUGCACACCCCUUCAAAUUAGUGUAUUCUGCUAUUUUAGACACACCUGUUGCUAAAGGGUGUAUAUGUAUGUUACCAAAGCCGGUGGCCGAUGACCUUCGUCAGGGUCGCACAGCAGAGGCUCAGAGCUACUCCAAUGCCACAGUCUACUUCAGGCAGGUGUCAUUUCUCCUUGUUGGCAGUGACAUUGUGGGUUUCACAGAGCUCUCUGGCUCAAGCACUCCUCACCAGGUGGUGGACUUUCUAAAUCAGCUCUACACCACGUUUGAUGACAUCAUUGAUAAUUAUGAUGUCUACAAGGUGGAGACUAUAGGAGACGCUUACAUGGUGGUCUCUGGUGUUCCCAAUGAGAAUGGCAUAAACCAUGCGGGGGAGAUCGCCAGCAUGGCUCUGGGUCUGGUCAAUGUUUGCCAUGCCUUUAAAAUCCCACACAAACCCACCACGCAGUUGAGGAUACGAGCUGGCAUACACUCAGGACCCGUAGUUGCUGGUGUCGUGGGAACCAAAAUGCCACGGUAUUGCUUAUUCGGUGAUACAGUGAACACAGCAUCGCGGAUGGAAUCAACAAGCGAAGCUCUGAAGAUCCAGGUCAGUGGAGCCACUGCUGACCUGCUAAACACACUGGGAGGUUACACUCUGAUCUGCCGAGGAUCACUAAACGUCAAGGGAAAAGGUGAAAUGACGACAUGGUGGCUGGAAGCAAAGAAAGAAGAAUCCUCUGACCCACUCCUCAGAUCCACCGAGUUCAGAGGAGUCCCUGUGCCAGUUAGCAACUAGCCAACUACUAGCCUUCAUAGUCUCUGUCUGCAUAAUAUAGGGACCACAGUUUGUGUUUAACAGCUGUAUUGUGCAAUUGAUAUCAAAUAUAUUUCUAUACUGCCCGAGAGUCUUGGAGCUGUAUUGUGAGUUUGUACAGUGAUUUUAUGUUCUGGCAGUUAUUGUAUUUAUUCAUAUCCAUAUGGUGGAUAUAUACUUGAUAUGUGCACUCAUAUUAUACACUGCUCCAAAAAAUAAAGGGAACACUAAAAUAACACAUCCUAGAUCUGAAUGAAUGAAAUAUUCUUAUUAAUUUUUUAUUUUUUUUACAUAGUUGAAUGUGCUGACAACAAAAUCACACAAAAAUUAUCAAUGGAAAUCAAAUUUAUCAACCCAUGGAGGUCUGGAUUUGGAGUCAUUACUCAAAAUUUAAGUGGAAAACCACACUACAGGCUGAUCCAACUUCGAUGUAAUGUCCUUAAAACAAGUCAAAAUAAGGCUCAGUAGUGUGUGUGGCCUCCACGUGCCUAUAUGACCUCCCUACAACGCCUGGCGAUGCUCUUGAUGAGGUGGCUGAUGGUCUCCUGAGGGAUCUCCUCCCAGACCUGGACUAAAGCAUCCGCCAACUCCUGGACAGUCUGUGGUGCAACGUGGCGUUGGUGGAUGGAGCGAGACAUGAUGUCCCAGAUGUGCUCAAUUGGAUUCAGGUCUGGGGAACGGGCGGGCCAGUCCAUAGCAUCAAUGCCUUCCUCUUGCAGGAACUGCUGACACACUCCAGCCACAUGAGGUCUAGCAUUGUCUUGCAUUAGGAGGAACCCAGGGCCAACCGCACCAGCAUAUGGUCUCACAAGGGUUCUGAGGAUCUCAUCUCGGUACCUAAUGGCAGUCAGGCUACCUCUGGCGAGCACAUGGAGGUCUGUGCGGCCCCCCAAAGAAAUGCCACCACACACCAUGACUGACCCACCGCCAAACCGGUCAUGCUGGAGGAUGUUGCAGGCAGCAGAAUGUUCUCCACGGCAUCUCCAGACUGUCACGUCUGUCACAUGCGCUCAAUGUGAACCUGCUUUCAUCUGGGAAGAGCACAGGGCGCCAGUGGCGAAUUUGCCAAUCUUGGUGUUUUCUGGCAAAUGCCAAACGUCCUGCACGGUGUUGGGCUGUAAGCACAACCCCCACCUGUGGACGUCGGGCCCUCAUACCACCCUCAUGGAGUCUGUUUCUGACCGUUUGAGCAGACACAUGCACAUUUGUGGCCUGCUGGAGGUCAUUUUGCAGGGCUCUGGCAGUGCUCCUCCUGCUCCUACUUGCACAAAGGCGGAGGCAGCGGUCCUGCUGCUGGGUUGUUGCCCUCCUACGGCCUCCUCCACAUCUCCUGAUGUACUGGCCUGUCCCCUGGUAGCACCUCCAUGCUCUGGACACUACGCUGACAGACACAGCAAACCUUCUUGCCACAUCUCGCAUUGAUGUCCCAUCCUGGAUGAGCUGCACUACCUGAGCCACUUGUGUGGGUUGUAGACUCCGUCUCAUGCUACCACUAGAGUGAAAGCACCGCCAGCAUUCAAAAGUGACCAAAACAUCAGCCAGGAAGCAUAGGAACUGAGAAGUGGUCUGUGCUCCCCACCUGCAGAACCAUUCCUUUAUUGGGGGUGUCUUGCUAAAUGCCUAUAAUUUCCACCUGUUGUCUAUUCCAUUUGCACAACAGCAUGUGAAAUGUAUUGUCAAUCAGUGUUGCUGCCUAAGUGGACAGUUUGAUUUCACAGAAGUGUGAUUGACUUGGAGUUACAUUGUGUUGUUUAAGUGUUCCCUUUAUUUUUUUUAGCAGUGUAUAUUGUAAUGGAGAUGGAUGGGGGAGAGGGAAUAAGCACAAAAUUAGAUUAGCCAGUGUGGAAUUCAAACCACAAGUCACAUGAUUUUUUCUUGCGUCUCUAACAUUGCCGCCAACAAGUCUAAUGACGACCAGAAUCACACCCCAAAUGCCAUAGGAUAUCUGGAAAAUAAUCCAUUGCAGAGAGGUAGUCUAAUUGUCCACAUAGUCCAAUAUGAUGAAUUGAAAUGCACAGUGUUGUAGCAUAUACUAUAUUCUGAUAUUAUCUUUACCUGAUUUGAUUCCAUGUGUAAAAUACUGUAAGCACGUUAUUGUUCUGUAUUGCUAUGUAGCGCCUUUUGUUGGUAGGGAGGUUGUGUUUUCUGUUGCAUUUCCCACACACCUCAUUGCUACCAAAAUAAGAAUUAAACUGUGAUCCUUCUGAA